AUGGUUCUCCCUCUCCUCCAAGAUCCACCCCAAUUCUCCCGCCCAUCACCACCUAUUCACACCCUUCCCUAUAAACCUCCCAAAAACCCAUUAAACCAGCAAUGUUUUCAGGAGAACUUCAGGAUAAUAUGCAAUUUCUUGCUUUCCCUUACUCGCUCAGGCUCCCUUCUCAAAGGCCAAGCCUUGCAUUCCCACAUCGUCAAGUCUGGGAUUCAGAUAAUUCCAUUAGUUUCCCACCACUUAAUCAACUUGUAUUCAAAGCUUCAACGCCCAUUUGACUCCCAGUUUGUUUUCGAGGAAGCACCUUUUAAGUCAUCAACCACCUGGAGCUCUAUGAUUUCCACGUUUGCCCAAAAUGAUCUGCCUAUUUUAGCAUUAUCGUACUUCCGGGAAAUGCUUUAUAAUGGGUUUGCUCCAGAUGAGCAUAUUUUGCCUAGCGCUGUUAAGGCUUGUGCGAUCAUGAGUAGGCAUGAUGUUGGGAUGUCAAUGCAUUGUCUUGCAGUGAAAAAUGCAAUGAAUUUGGACGUGUAUGUUGGAAGUUCUUUGGUGGAUAUGUACGCAAAAUGUGCGGAAUUGGGGUAUGCGAGGAAGUUGUUUGACGAAAUGCCUGAGAGAAACAUUGUCUCGUGGAGUGGGAUGAUCUAUGGGUAUGCGCAGAUGGGGGAGGAUAAUGAAGCUUUGGGUCUUUUUAAGAGGGCGUUGGAGGGGGGUUUGAGUUUAAACGACUUUACCUUUUCAAGUGUGAUUCGUGUUUGUGGAAAUUCUACGUUGCUGGAGUUGGGGAGACAAAUGCAUAGCUUGUGUGUGAAGAUGAAUUGUGAUUCUUCGAGUUUUGUGGGAAGUUCUUUGAUAUCUCUGUACUCGAAGUGCGGCGUUGUAGAGAAUGCUUGUCAGGUUUUCAAUGAGGCAGUUGAUAAGAAUUUAGGAAUGUGGAAUUCAAUGUUGAUUGCUUGUGCUCAACAUGGACACACAAAGAAGGUGUUUGAGUUGUUUGGGAGAAUGAAGAGUUGUGGGAUGAAGCCAAAUUUUAUAACCAUUUUGUGUGUGCUUUAUGCGUGCAGUCAUGCGGGGCUAGUCAAAGAAGGUAACUACUAUUUUGGAUUAAUGAAGGAGUAUGGCAUUGAGCCAGGGGAUCAGCAUUAUGCUUCCAUGGUGGACUUGCUUGGGCGAGCUGGGAAAUUGGAGGAGGCUACGAAGCUUAUCAAGGAAAUGCCAAUUCAACCAACAGAAUCUGUAUGGGGAGCUCUACUGACCGGCUGCCGACUUCAUGGUAAUACCGAGUUGGCGGCCUAUGCAGCUGAUAGGAUCCUUGAAUUAGGUUCAGUAAGUUCAGGCUUUAACGUUCUGUUAUCAAAUGCUUAUGCAGCUGUUGGUAGGUAUGAAGAAGCGGCCAAAGCCAGAAAGAUGUUAAGGGAUCGAGGAGUGAAGAAAGAAACUGGUUUAAGUUGGGUUGAGGAAGGAAAUAGGGUCCAUACAUUUGCUGCAGGGGAAAGGCAACAUUUUAAAUCUAAGGAAAUUUAUGAAAAACUUGGGGAACUAGAGAAUGAAAUGGAGCUAGCUGGCUAUGUUAUGGACACCAGUCAAGUGUUGCGAGCAGUUGGCAAUGAAGAGAAGAGUGAAGCAAUUAGGUAUCAUAGUGAAAGAUUAGCUAUUGCAUUUGCACUAAUAACCUUUCCACCUGAAAGGCCAAUUAGAAUUAUGAAGAACUUGCGAGUUUGUGGUGAUUGUCACACAGCUAUUAAGUUUAUGUCGAAGUGCACUGGAAGAUUAAUCAUUGUGAGAGAUAACAAACGGUUCCAUCAUUUUUCGGGUGGGGAAUGUUCCUGUGGUGAUUAUUGGUGA